AUGGUAGUAGAGUCUGCAGAUGGCGAGCCGCUGCUUAUCACCGCCGCUGAGCGCAUCUUGCCAUUCCCGGACGACGUCCCAGCCGCCCUCGCGCUGGAAGAUGGCGUCCAAGUCGACGAUGGCGAGGAUGCGGAGGAGGUCGUCGUCGGAGACGCCGCGGGCGGCCAUGUCUGCGCGCGAGUCGGGAUAGAUGAGCUGGUCGCGCAGGGUGCCCAGGGAGAGGUAGGGGCGCUGGGGGAUAUCGAGGCCACAGGCUCGGCCGGCUGA